AAUAUCUACUCUAUGAAAAGGACAGCUAUUUGGAAAUAUGUGAACAGAACUAUCCCCAGUUGCUGGGAAAAACCAAGAAGAAAGUUCCUGCAAAUAUCUACUCUAUGAAAAGGACAGCUAUUUGGAAAUAUCUGAACAGAACUCUCCCAAGUUGCUGAACAAAACCAAAGACAGAAGGAACCACCACAAUCCAUACAGAAAUGGUAGGGUUCUUCGGCGCCUCUGCUGCAUCUGAUCACUGUCGUUUGCUGACAACAAAUGGAUCAGUUCACCAUGAACUGAUUAGACGACACCAUGGCAGACCAAGAAGUGCGAUCAGGUGCUGCAGCAGCACGGCAAGGGGAAGGACCAGGGACUAUUACUACCAGGUGCUGGGCAUCGCAAUUCAAUCCACACCUCAGCAGAUCAAGGAGGCUUACAGGAAACUCCAGAAGCAACACCAUCCAGACAUCGCCGGCUACAAGGGCCACGACUACACGCUGCUGCUGAACGAGGCGUACAAGGUUCUGAUGCGGGAUGUUUCCAGUUCCAGGCACGCCGAUGGAAGGGGCAGGAGUAGGGUGGGGUCAGGAGCCGGUUACACCGGGGACGGAUACAGUUCUUGGGAAGGGCCCGUGAGAAGCCAAGCUCUCUUCGUGGACGAGAACAAGUGCAUAGGAUGCCGGGAGUGCGUGCACCAUGCCGCUAGGACGUUCGCCAUGGACGACGUUCUCGGCAGCGCGCACGUGGAGGUCCAGUUCGGCGACCUGGAGCAGCAGAUUCAGCUGGCUGUGGAGUCCUGCCCCGUGGACUGCAUCCACUGGGUCGAGAGCCACGACCUGCCCGUGCUGGAGUUCCUGUCCCGGCCGCAGCCGAAGGAAGGCCACGGCGUAUUCGGCGGCGGGUGGGAGCGCCCCGGGAACGUGUUUGCGGCGGCGAAGAACUUCGCCAGGAGACUGGAGAGGGAGAAGCAGCGGGAGGAGCUGGAACGGGAUCAGCCCUCCGGGGGCCUCGACGGCCGCGAGGCGGAGACGGAGGCGCAGGCCGAGGCGAGGCGCAGCGCGUGGGAGGAGCUCAGGUGGAAGCCCCUGCUUGAUGCUUGGAAUGGGCUGAUAGGUGGUCGUUGACGCUGCAGGAGGUUGAAGAGAAGCUCAGCGCUGGAAGCUGAACCCGUAACAUCUGCAGCUGCAGAAAUAGUGGAUGUGCCAAGGACAAAAUAGCACCUUUGUGGCCGUGGGUUAUCAAACAGUAGGUGUCGUCGUAACUCGUAAAUGAUCAUGUGUAAUUACAGAUUACAAAAAAUGUGUAGGAAUAGUAGUCAAAUAUAUGUGUGUAGAUGUUGGCAUAUUGCACAGGAUUAUGUCCCCUUUAUAUAUAUGGUGGUUAAUGGAAAUGGCAGGGUGGUACAUCACUGUAUACUACA